GCCAAGUCCACAAUCGAUGGCCAACGAACAGCAGCAAAAGCAACAACAAAACAAUUGAAACAACUUGGAAUGGGAUUUAUUGGAAACGAUUGUGGAGCCGCAUACGGCAAAUACAAACACACACAUACACAUAUGUGAGAAUCUCAACUCAUCUGUUGAUGACUGCGCGGUCAACUCUUUAAGCUGCUCGAAUUUAUUAUUUUUGCCAUUGUUGUUUUUGCCUUUACAUGAACUGACUAACUGGUUUUACCAACCAACAUUGGGGACUAUCGUCUUGGCCCGUCUAGCAGCGGUUUCAGUACGAGUUCGUGUUUUGGUUGGAAUGGGUGAAAACGCCCAGCGCAACGGAUAGAGUGACGGGUAAAUAAUUAAAUGUUAAUUUUAGCAGAAAAAAUGUGAUUGCGAAAUUCGAUAACUCUUUAUAUUCUUGUAAAAAUCAUGUCAAACGACUAUCGCAAAAUAUACUAAAGUGACCUUAAUUGCGCGCUCCAAAAAGUGAAAAACAACGACUGGUGUUUAAUAAGCAAUACCACGUGAAGUGAAAAAAAAAAACAAAAACCAAUGUUCCCAGUCAAUUUGUGGUCGAGUAAGCGACGCUGAAAAUCGUUAAGUUAUACACACAAAUAUAUUCGUAUAUUCAAAUGAAUAUUCGUGAAACUGCCACUUUGAUGAGAGGCAAAAAAACACAAACAAAUCAUACGAAAUAACCAGCUGGCGAAACAGGGAAGUGCAAUUGAAAAAUUUUACAGCCAACAUAACAAGAAAACAACACAAAAAAAAAUUUCUUCAUACGAAUUAAAUUGGCGCACACAAAGUUUCAGCGCGAGAAAAAAAAUAAACAAAUUGCAUAAAAAAUUAUACCAAAAAAAAAUAAGCAAAAACUAAUAAUAAUAACAAAUAAGUCGAAGGAAAAGCAAAAAAUUCCGCAAUGUACGCGCAAUACGGCAAACGAAGAAAAUGCGCGACUAUGCCAGCAACGACAACAACAACAAGGAAAACAUUAAACUAUGCGCGUCUAUUUCUCAUCGCCGUAUUUUGUGGAUUACUUUUGUUCGGCGCACAAACGGCCAAAGCUCAGGAGGUGCAGAGUAAUGAUGCAAAUCUACACAUAGUUGCAACAACUACGGCUAGCAGUGAUGCUGCGCCUACUAUGCCUGCUACAGUUGUAGUAACAACAGUACCCGGCGAUGCAGCAACAACAACAACAUCAGCAACGUUACCAAUAAUAACAAUAGCAAAUGCUGAGCAUGCCAUGAAUGCAACGUUACAAACGGUCGAAGAAGCUGGCAUCACAAUGGCUACAAAUGCAGUGGAGGAGUCUACCGGUGCUGUGUUCAGUGUUGAUAGUUCAAUGACUUCAACGUCGUCUGCUCCUGCUGUUCCAAUAACAACCGAAGCAGCAGCAGCGGGCACAGCAUUGCCAGACGAUGCACAUUUGCUAACUACCACAGAGACGUCAGCCGCGACGGCGUCACCAGCAGCAGCAGUGAUGGCCAACGAGGAAGGCAGCAAUGCUGUGCACAAAUUGGAUGUUAUUGAUCCCUCGUCAACAGAGACAUCCCUUUCCGCAGCAGUCACAACGCUAGCAGCACAACAUGAUGACGCCGCUGCACCGAGCACCGCCACUACCAACAACAGCGCUCCUGCACCACCAUCUGCAUUGCCGGCAACCACAAUAGAGCCGAUCGUCACAACCGAACCGACAACUACACCUGCCAGCAGCGAGUUUAGCAGCGAACGACAAGCCAAAGAACAUAUUGAGCAUGUGACACGGGUUGAAGAACAUCAAAAUAUUACAACAAGCACAACUGGCGCAACACCCAGUGAGAAUCAAGAAAUAAUAGUGCCACAUGUAUUAGUCGAGCAUGCGCAGCAAAUUAUUGAGGAGGAUAAGGCAGAGCACAAUCAUAAUCCACCACAUAUGCACCUGACACCUUACGAAGCCGAGCACAUACAACAUAUACAUGGGCACCAUGCUGAUCAUAAUCAUGAACAUGCUCACGAUCACACGCAUAAUGGCCACGACGACGUCACACACAUCGAUCAUACGCACGAACACAAUGAUGAAGAGCAUUCGACAGAGCAUGUGAUCUCGUCAACCUCAAAUGAUAUUUUCGCUGAAAGCAAAGAACCGAGUAAGCCAUUGGACAGCCCUUCUAUUGGGGCGACUACAAAUUCAGAGGGAGAGAAUGAUACGCAUAGUGAGGAGAAGAUUGUGCAUACGCCCGCUGAAGUGUUGAUUAACCAAAUUUCACACGAAUUUGAAGAGGAGGAUAAGGAUUUGAAUAACUUUCGGCAUCCGGCUACACUGAUUACCGCCAGCAACAGCGACGAAUCGAUGAUGGCCGCCAUGAUGGCUGCGGCAAUGAAGGAAAACGAAAGUGAUGCCACCGCUGUUGGAGGCGAGCCGAUGGCGCGACAUGAAGAGGAUCCUUAUCAUACGCAUAUACUAUCCGAGCAGCACGAUCGCUUAGCAGAGCAGGAAGAUUUCAAACUAAUCGCAGAGGACUUAAGUAGUUCGACAGAAACGCCUGUGAUAUCUGGUGUAGAAAUGACAACAAAGGCAAGCGAAGCAGAAAAGGAAGUUGAAAGUAAUGGGAGCACUGAAAAGAGUGCACCAGUUGUUGUACCUGCGGCAGCAAUGAACGCCACAAAUGUGACAAUUGAAGAGCGUGGACGUGCAAUGAAUAUUGCCGACGAAGAGGAUAGAGAGACAGCGUCAACCACGAUAAUAGCGCCAAGCGAGAGUAAAGAGCCGGUGGUGGUGCCAGUCGUUGCAAUACAAUCAGAACACGAUCACGUACAUAUGCACGAUCCUAUGACUAUUGAAACCACAACAGGGGCGGGAACAAAAACAAAUGCAAUCGAAAGCAAUAACAACAAUGAGGGCGCACCCAAGAGCCACGAUGAUGCAUCUUCAACAGAAUAUCCACAGCAUUUCUUCUAUCAUGGUGAGGGUCGCUCUGUGGGCGAUAGCAUUUCGGCAGAGAAUGACGAUGUACCAUUGAACUAUCAUUACCAUAACUUUGUGACCACAGAACGCGGCGGCAAUGGCAAUAACAAAAGUGUGGCUGAAAAGAGUGGCGCUUUGGUGGAUUUAAGCGAUAUCAGCAUGGAUGAAGACGACCAAAUGGAUAUGACACACAAUACGCACGAACAACAACAACAGCAGCAGCACAAACAGCACGAAGAGCAUGACAAGCAUGAAGAGCACAACCGCAGCAAUUAUAGCGCCAAUGAGGGGGAACAACAAAAAAAUGAGCAACAGCUGAAGAUUACUGAGGUGACAAAAGUCGCUGGUAGUGCGGCCGCUAUGCAACAAGACUGCACUGGCAGUGAUGACAGAAUGUACAAGAAUGGCGAAUCGAUGAAUCGCGGCUGUGAUGAACGUUGUACGUGCAAUCGCGGCGAAUGGAUUUGUGAACCUCGUUGCAUGGGCAAUACUUUCAAACUGGUUGGCGGUGCACCACAUAUGGAUUUGGAUGCGCAAGCUCACUGCCGUCAGAUGGCUGUAGAUGAGUGUUGUGCCACCAUGGAAUGUGGUCUAUUGCCCACUAUGAGCGUUCCAGGGUUAGACGCUGAAGGUGGACUUAAUGCGUCCUCUCAAACACCACGACCCGACUGCCACCACAACGGCAGCGAUUACAAAUUCCGCGAACGUCUAGAAAUCGGCUGUGAACAGAUCUGUCACUGUGACGAGGGCGGUGUAAUGAAUUGCAAACCACGUUGUCCGGAGCGCAAUCACACCCGUCUCGAUAAGUGCGUUUAUGUUAAGGAUCCAAAGGACGUGUGCUGCCAGUUGGAAUUGUGCGAUGUUACGCUUGACGACCACGAGCAAAAACCAUCACUUCCCACUGCGCAAAACUCAAUUGGCGACGAGCAGUAUGGUUCCGAAGAGGCACGCGACUUAUCAGGUGGCCACGAACAGCCCGAUUGCGAGUACAAAGGUCAGCAUUAUCGUGAUGGUCAGCAAUUCCAUGAUGGCUGCGAACAACUGUGCAUUUGUACGCUGGAAGGUGUGCAUUGCGCUAAGCUACAGUGUCCAUCCACUUUUGGCUUGGAUUUGUUGAAUCCACAUUGCUUGCGUUGGGAACCGGAGCCGGCUAGCUUUGAACCGAAGGCACCGAAUUGUUGUCCGGAGAAGAUGCGUUGCGUGGAUAACGGCACCUGCGACUACUUGGGCCAAACAUUUGAUAAUUGGACACCGAUACCAACCAACCUUACCGGUUGUGAACAGCAUUGUUAUUGUGAGAACGGUAAAGUAGAAUGCCGGCCCGCCUGUCCACCUGUGCUGGCUUUACCGCCACCCGAUUUGCCUUGCCAUCCGUCACAGGCACGUGUUUUGCCUAUACCCGAUGAUGAGUGCUGCAAACACUGGGCCUGCGCGCCACUUACACCCAAACUGAGUGGGAAUGAUGGUGAUUUGCCACCACCAAAUCACGCCUUUAACACUGGGGCAGGUCAUGAUACAAGCGCGUCAUCCACCGAGGAACCGAAUAGCACUGGAAGCAAUUCAGCACACGUGUCCAGCGACAAAAAUGAUAUUUACCCGAACAAAUCACACGAGAAGCCUUCACGUCCUGGCGAUGCUUUCUAUCCCACAAUCGACGGCAAGCCACCGAAGAGUGGCUCACCAUUUGGUGAUGCACGGCCGGAGAAACACGACAAACAUGAAAAGUUCGUAAAGAAGCCAGUAAUUGUGAAGCCACAACAGAAUGAAGUCAAAUAUGAUGUCCACGAGCCACAAGAUGAACACGAUACCGCGCCACCGGGCUUCAUACCCAUACACAUUGGCGGCGGUCCUGGCGGUGCUGUUGUCAACUACAAUCCACACUUACCACCAGCUGGUCAUCCUGGCCCAUACGGCUUUUACAACCCCGCUCAGCCACCGAAAGAUCAUUUCGACCCUUACAAUCCGUACGAACCAUACGACAUUAGUCCCAAUGGCAUCGCACAGGGUAAACCGCCUGCGCCAACUAGUCAAUCGGAUUUGUUCAACAUCCUGGGAGCUGGAUCGCCGGCCGCACAUCCACCAGGCAUGGCAACAGCGGGCGGACCGCCUGGCCCACCGCCGGGUUUCAAAGGAGCACCCGGCAAUUUACCACCUCACGUGCGUAUCGAACACAUCCUGCAACAUUUGCAACACACGCCGGUACAGGGUGCCUACAAUGGAGGCGCCUAUGGUCAUGGGAAUGAGAGUGGUGUCAAUGGAUUACCACCACAACAACAACUACCACAACCGGGUCAAUCGCCACUCCAUCCGCACUAUGUGCCGAUAGUACAUAGCGGUCUACCGCCACCACCGCCCCCGCAUGGUAUAGCGAUUGUCGAUGGUCAACCGGUGGCUUACGGUGGUUUCCCCGUGGUGCCUGGCCUUGGGCAACCGCCUCACCUGCCGCAUGCACAUGCGUCAAACGUGAAUAGCAACAAUAACAACAACAGUAAUUUGCUGCAACACCAACCACUGCAGGAACAAUCGGCAAGCAGUUCAACCACAUCUUCGGCGACAACCAGCGCGGUGGGCUUAGCCGCUCAAUCCACGGAACAUGGCGUGCUUCCGGCCGUUGUGGCCACGGCUUCACAAUCCAGUCAAACAGGCUUCAACAAUUUGCAAAGCGACAUUGAAGUACUCAACCUGGAAGCCAUUGAUCCGCGUACCAUUCGCAUCAUUUUCACUGUACCGCCGACUUAUGUUAAUCUGCAUGGUCGCGUAGAGUUGCGUUACACGAAUGGCCCCGGCAACGACACUACCACGUGGGAGCAACAAAUCUUUGCACCACCCGAAGAUCUCAUUGCCACCUCUCAGAUGGAAUUCGAUCUGCCCGGUUUGGAGCCAAACUCUUUGUACAAGGUGAAGAUUACACUUAUAUUGCGUGAUCUGAAUGCGCAGCCAUCCAGUCCGAUUCUCACUGUUAGCACUCCCGCGGAUCGCACGAUUACACCGCCACCACAAAUCACUGACUAUCGUCCAGACUUUAAAGAUGUUUUCAAGAGUAUUGAAGAUCCAGAAUUAAAUGUUAGCGAGACAAAUUCUACCUGGUUACAGCUGACGUGGAAGAAGAUUGCCGAUGAACAGUUGGAAUAUGUUGAUGGUAUACAGUUGCGUUACAAGGAGUUGACCGGCCAAAUUUACUCAUCCACACCGCUGGUGCAUCGCACACUCACUAGUUAUACCAUUGAGAAUUUGCAGCCAGAUACUGGUUAUGAAAUUGGUCUUUUCUAUAUACCAUUCCCUGGUCAUGGUGGCGAACUCUUGGCGGGUCAUAUGAUAAAGGUGCGCACAGCGCCGAAAGUGGAUGUCUACAACUUUGAUGUUAUGGUUAAUGUGACCAAGGUGAAAUCGCAGAGUGUGGAAGUAUCGUGGAGCGGAGUGCCAUAUCCGGAGGAUAAAUAUGUGAAUAUUUAUCGUGCUAUCUAUCAGAGCGAUGCUGGCAAGGAAGAUUCUAGUGUUUUCAAAGUGGCCAAACGCGAUAGUACUACCGGUACAUUGAUUAUGGACUUGAAACCAGGCACCAAGUAUCAUCUCUGGCUGGAGAUGUAUAUGACUAAUGGUAACAUCAAAAAGAGUAAUGUGGUUAACUUUAUGACGAAGCCAGGUGGACCAGCGACGCCAGGAAAAACUGUUUUUAAUGCUUUCGAAAGGAUGCAUGCAUUCUUCAAGGAUUUGGGAAAAUUACUCACAGCCAGCGCUGGCGGUGACCAACCAGUUGGUGAUUACUACGGACCUCUUGUCGUGGUCUCGGUAGUUGCUGCUUUGGCGAUUAUGUCCACAAUUGUGCUGUUACUCAUACUAACCAGAAGACGUGUGCAUCAGACGGCGUCCAUAACGCCACCACGCAAAAGUGAUGCCGCUUAUGAUAAUCCUUCGUAUAAGGUGGAAAUACAACAGGAGACAAUGAAUCUGUAGCAUUUCUAAGCUCAGAGGACGCGUGUGUUGCGUCCCCCCAACAGGUCUGGAAGCCUAAAACUACGAAUCCUAGUUAUGUUAGAAAUUAGGAACAGUCUUAUAUUUUUUCAGUUAUUUUUUUUUUCAUUUAAGUUUUGCUUUUUUUUAUUAAUACACAUUACUUUUGUAAAUAUUUUGUAUUCAGCCGCACUGAAACCAUAUUUUUUUCGUCAUAUUUUGUCGUUAAUGUCAAUUAAAUGACCUGUAUGUAGAAGCAGUGACUCCUGCUGGCUCAACUUGAUUGUGCGCGUUCUCUUCAAAUUCGUAUGUAUGUAAGUGCCAACCAGUUAGAAUAUGCAGGAAAAACAAAUAUUUUCGUUUUGGCGUUCAUUUGUCUAAAUAUAAUAGAAUUUGUAAUUUUUUAAGAAAAGUUAAUAGAAGUACUUAAAAGUGUAGUACUGGACGUAGAAAGUAUAAAAGAAAUAUUUUCGAUAAUAGCCAUUACUAAGCGGAACUUAAAAAGUAACUCAAAUAGAAAAGGAAAAAGAUUCUCUCAUUACAAGAAAAAAUGUAUGUUAUUGUAGGUCCUUAAUUCCUGUUUUUUAUAGUUUGUUUUUCCAUAGUUUGUUUUUUCUUUUGCUCUUAAAUUUUCUUUUCUUUUGAGGACUAAAUGUAUGUAAGAGCUUCUUUGUGUGUAAAUAGUUAGUAAAAAUAACAGAUAACAGAUUAUUAUGUAAGCAAAACGUUUCUAACGUAAGUUGAAAUUAUUUCUUUUGUAAAUUUUUUGUUUGUUUUGUAGCACCAGAAUUUCACUUGACUUUAAUAUGAAUAAAAUGUAGCGCACUAUUUUUUAUAAGCAACAUUUAUUGCCACUAAUUUUCCAAACAUUUCUUCAUGAAUUUCAAAUUGCUAGUUCUUGUUUAAAAACUAUAAUUUUUUAAAGGGUGAACGAAACACAAUAUUAUUUUUGAGUGAAAAAAAAAUUUUUUUUUUUGAUUUUAUAAAAUUAUUUAAAACUCUGCAGCCAGCAAAACUGGCAUUUGCCUUUAGCUUCACCGAAAAGGAAAAGUAUUCUCAUUAUUUAUGGACUACAAUUUCCACUCAGCUCUCACUCACCUUGAUUGAGGUUUCUGUACCUAUCCCACGAAUAAUUCAAAUGUCAUAAUUUUAAGGAGGAGUUAAAUCGUUUUUGGAUUAUUCACAUGACAACGACCUUUCGGUGUAUCCCUCAGAACAAAGUCUUACGUAGUUCAAUCGCAGCUUCGAAGAGGCAGAUUCAUGCAAGGAAGAAAGUCAACUGCUUAGCUUACGGAUUGUCAUUUGCCUUCAAUUAGUGCGCCAAUUUUACAUUUUAAACGAGUAAUUCCGGAAGUUUGAGGCGAUAUGCCAAGGCAAUAUAUGGUUUAGAAAAAAAAUUGUAUUUAUACAUAUUUCAUAAAUAAAAAUUGUAUUCAACUGCCAAUAAUUUUCAUAAAUCAGAACUAUUUUUUAAACUAAUCUCUAAUAGUAAUUUUAACUUUGAUUCAAUAAAUUGAGAAGAAAAUAAUUUUCUUUAAACUUCAUUUUACACUACAAACGUUUUGCUAGGCUUAAAUUUAUUUUCAAGAAAUAAUUUAUAUAAAAAAGCAAACGAAUUCAUUAAUUAUUCUUCUAUGCAAAUAAAUCCCGUAAUGGCGUUGUAAAUUUUAGCUUUACUCAUACAUUAGUUAUUAUCGGAAAUAUUUAAGUUUAAUACAUAUAAAUGAAGAAAAUAAGUGAAAACACAGUCCAUAUAUUUAUAUUGUAGGUAUAUAAAUGAUCGGAUGUAGCUAGUUUUUUUAACCCAGCAUUGAGUGAGUCGCUCAAGAAAAACCAGUUGCAAUAGCCAGUGACAAUCCCAAAAAUUAACUAAAUAUAAAAUAUAAACUAAUAAAAAGCUUUUUCUCUCGAACAAAAAAUUGUAGUAUAAAUACAAAACCCUAUUAAUAGAAUUUAAUACUAAAAAACUGCAUAUGAAUCUUGUAUCCGAAUAAAUUCUUGUGUAUGUAUGUACAGAUAUUUGCAAAGAAAUUAAAAAUUAAAUAAAAAGUUAAGCAUUACAUUUGUAAAGAAAAAAAUGUAUGCAAAGAAAAAGCAGCGAAAUUGAAGGUGUAAAUUUAAGUUGAUAAAUAAUAUAAAUCAUGUAAUAAGCGAUGUAUACUUUAUUGAAUAA